AUGGCCGGAAAGGGACUUUUCAGCCUACUGUCCUUGAUCCUCGUAGCUGGUGGACUCUUGUUCAUGUUCUUCAUCCUCCUAGCAGGUGCUAUCGACCACGCCCCCGUGGAUAAGUGGUAUCUGCUCCAGGCCGAUACCUCCAACAUCCCCAACGCGCCGCCUAUAUCAAGAUGGUCAUACUGGAACGUAUGUGGUGUUGAGAACGGCCGCACUGUUUGUGGUGAGGAGGACUAUUCAAAAGUUCAUCCCGCGUUUCCGCUGGAUCCUGCUUCACACCGCACGUUCGACACGGAUGUGAAUGUUCCGGAAGAUUUCGUCAAUCAUCAUGGCUUUUACUUCCUCAUGACGCGAUUCAUGUUCGCGUUCAUGCUUAUCGCGCUCUUCUUCGGCGCCAUCUCAUUACUCACUGGUCUCCUCGCGCUGUGCACCAGAAUUGGGAGCUAUCUCAGCGGUCUAUUGACCCUGAUUGCCGCCUUCUUCCAGGCUAUCAAUGCAGCAUUGAUGACUGCUGCUUACCUUAAAGGCCGAAACAAUUUCCGAGACAACAAUCAAGAUUCUUCCAUUGGCCAGUACGCUUUCGGUUUCGAAUGGGCAGCGUUUGCUUGUUUCUUCUUGGCCACGAUACUCUUCUGUGUUGGACCCUCUCGGAAAGACAAGACCGCUUCUUCCGGCCGUGGCGGGUUCUUCAAGGGCCGACGGAGCAGGAGCACGAGAAGCCGUGGUAGCUUCGUCCAUGACAAGGAGUAUGGGUCAUGA